AUGGGCGCAAUGGAGGCCAGCCGGGUGGAUCAGGGGCAGCCGCCGUGUCGAAGGACGCCCCGCGAGGCAACGUGGGAAGAGCGGCUCCUCCAGCCGACGGCGCCGAGUGAAGCCACUCUGCUCGAUGCACCAGUCGAGGAAAUCGUCACGGCUCUCAUGAGGAUGAGGGACCCGCGCGGAUGGAGCUUCUACGGCCAAGACAUUGACCGGCACGGGCGCAUCUUCCAGUUUGUGGGCCACCUGCUGGGUCCUCGAGAACAGCGGCUCAGCCUUUUCAUGUACGAGUGCAUCAUGGACGCCAUGGCCGACCCCCGAGGCUCCGUCGAGGGAGUGCGCAAGUUGCUCGAGGACCUGGAAUCCCAAGGCAUGAAGCCCACGGCGACCAUGUGUCAGGGCGCUCUGGCCGCGCUGGCCAACCAUCCCGACUACGGGCUGCGCCAGGACCUUCUCGACAUGAUGCGCGACUACUGGUUCACGGUGGACCAGGACGCCAAGCAGCACGUCGUCGUUGGCUUGUUGCGCGACGAGCAGUACGAGCUGGCGUACGCGCGGCUCACCGACAUGAUUGAGCAGGGCGCGCUCGUCGCGCCUUGGGUCUACGACGUCUUCAUCCUGGCCUUUGGCAAGCUGGGUUUCUUGGACGAGAUGAUGCUACUGCUGCGUCGGCGCAGGGACCUUGCCGAGUCAGACCACGUGGUUACGAGCUUGCUCUACUACGCGCUGGAUGUCUGCAGUCAGGCCUUUCACCGCGAGGGCACUAUAUUUGCGUGGAACGCCGCGGUGAGGAGCUCCAUGGUGCAGCCGCCCGACGGCAUCGUCGAGAACGUCCUGGCGACGGCGUCGAGGCACGGCUACGCCGUCCUCGCCACCGAGGCGCUCGACCUGCUCUCGCGAAGAGCCCGGGUGCUACCCUACCACUACGAGGCGGUAGUGGAGGCUUUUGCGGGAAGCGGCGACGUGGCUGGCGCGCUACGAGUCCUGUGCAUUAUGAAGAAGAACGGCACCAGCAUCGGGCGCGAGCACACGUCUUCGAUCAGGACGGCCAUCAGGCGCAUCCCACGGAUUAUUGACCAGGCCGAGACAGCGCUCCGAAAGCUGGCGGAAGUGGAAGCGGUGCCAUUGGCGGCAGCGAGCGCGGUCGUCGAGGCCACGGCCGAGGCGCAGGGCAGCGAGAGGGUGCUGGCUCUGUACGGUGACGUGGCAAUGCUCUGUGGGGAAGCGGUGGAGGCGACGACGAUGCAGACGCUCAUCAUGCACAGCAAGACGGGCGAGACGAGACGGGCGCUCGCUCGGGACUACACGGCCAAGAUGGCGGAGCAGGCAGACCCGGUGCGGAGCCCAGGCGCAUACGAGAAGCUCAUCACGGCGUGCGCGAAGGAGGGUGAGCUGGACCUGGCAUUGCGGUUCGCGGCGCAGGCCGUGGCUCUAGUGGGCCCGGGGACCACGAGCCGGCGACAGCUGGGGUGGAUGAAGCCGCUGUUGGACUGCGCGGCGGCGCGCGGGGACGGGCGGAUCUGGGGGGUGCUGGAUGAGGUGGAGCGGCGGGGAGACGAGGGAGCGCGGAAGAUGGUUCGGAUGCUGCUGCUGCAGAAGCGGCUAGCGAAGCGGGCGGCGGGCCGACAGGCGUCGUCGUCGACUACGGGGUUGGAAACUGACGGCACUACCACUCCCCCCCAGGACUCGACGGCAUUCUGA